UCUCAGAGGAGCGCAUCAGCGCAAAGACUCGCCUCUUCUUUACAAUCAACUGUCUGGCUUUCGAGGUCCGAUCUUCGCAAUGGAAAGCGGGUUUGACAAUUUGGACGCAGCAGGUUUUCUGCAAAUUUGGCAACAUUUUGAUUCUGAUGACAAUGGCUACAUCGAGGGGAAGGAACUCGACGAUUUUUUCCGACAUAUGAUGACAAAACUGAGACCCCAGGAUCAGAUAACAGAGGAGAGAGUCCAGCAGCUGAAGCAGCGCUUCAUGUCCGCCUAUGAUGCCACAGCCGACGGGCGCCUUCAAAUUCAAGAGCUGGCAAACAUGAUCCUCCCAGAGGAUGAGAACUUCCUGUUGAUCUUCCGUAGGGAAGCCCUCCUGGACAACAGUGUUGACUUCAUGAAGAUCUGGAGGAAGUACGACAUGGACAGCAGUGGCUACAUAAAUGCCAUCGAGUUAAAGAGUUUCCUGAAGGACCUGUUAGCGCAACAUAAAAAAGAUGUGUCUUCCUCCAAAUUGGAUGAGUACACACAUGCCAUGAUGAACAUUUUUGACAAAAAUAAGGAUGGGCGUUUGGAUCUAAAUGAUUUAGCCAGGAUUCUGGCUUUACAAGAAAACUUCCUGUUGCAGUUUAAGAUUGACGCUGGCAGUCAAGUGGAACGAAACCGUGACUUUGAAAAAAUAUUUUCCCACUAUGAUGUUAGCAAGACCGGAGCCCUGGAGGGGCCGGAGGUGGAUGGUUUCGUUAAAGACAUGAUGGAGCUGGUCAGGCCCAGUAUCAGUGGUCCUGAGCUGGAUGAACUACGUGCCGUCCUCUUGCACCACUGUGACGUCAACAACGAUGGGAAACUCCAGAGGAACGAGCUGGCCCUGUGUCUGGGGAUCAAGCCCAAAGCCUAACUGCCUCCCUGCCUGAAGUACUACCCCAAUGCUAGGGGCCAUCUGUGUGUCUAUGAGAAGCACUGACAGGAUUUGCAUGUGUCAAAGGACCAAGUUAGAAAAAAAAGGAUUUUAUGAUAGUAUUUAAUGAACUUAAGAGCUGUUUUGUGUGUGAAAAGAUGCGGACCUACUCAAUUUCUUUCCUGUUGUAGCAAUCCGUUUUGGUGGGCUUUGUGAACUGUGCAUGUUGUGUUAGUUUCCCAAUCAAUUUAUUGUCAUAGGUAAAUACCUCAAACUUAUUAAAACUACAAUUCAAUAAAAGUGCCAUCAACC